CUAUCUUUAACUGAUUUAUUAACCCAACCAGCUUCAGCGAAGGAAUUUCGGUUUCAUUUUCUUUGUUCCUUCUAUAUCGAUUUCUAUUUAGUUCACUUUUUGCAUAUUCAUAGGAUUUCAUUAUGCCUGGCUUUAAGGUAGGAGAAUUAAUAUUAACUUGUACACCAUAUUCUUAUGUUUUAAAUAAUAAGUUUAAAAAUCAAUAUUGUGACUUUUGUUUUAAAGAGAACAAUCGACUGAAAAAAUGCUCUCGAUGUUCAUUUACUUAUUACUGUGAUAAAAAUUGCCAAGUAAAGGCUUGGCAAAUGCAUCAAAUUGAAUGCAAAUAUCUUAAAAACUGUGUUGGGGAGAAACCAGAUGAAACAACGCGUGCUUUUGCUCUUUUAAUACUUCAAGUUAAAAAGCAUGGCGUUGAUAAACCAAUCAUAAAUGUAGGUGUUCGAAAAGUAUCAUUUGCAACACUAAUGUCUCACGCGGAGGAUAUUAAGCGGGAUCUGAAAGUAAAAAAGAAGAUCGAGCAUUUUUCUGUGCUUCUUCGGAAGUAUAUUGGAUCUGAGAAUACGCCUUCUUUUGAUGAAUUAACUGAAAUCAUUGGAAAAACGAUAAUAAACUCAUUCACUAUUCUUGAUGUGUCGUCAACAGAGGGCAUUGGGAAAGGUCUUUAUUUAGAAGCUUCGGUUUUUGACCAUUCCUGUGAUCCUGAUGCUCUUGUUGUUUUUGAGGGUACAACUUUAAGUGUCAGAAUGAGAAGAAAUAUAUCUCAUCGAAACAUUUGUGACGUUCGUAUUUCAUACUUGGAUGUUUUCCUACAGUUAACUGAUCAGAGACGAAUGCUUCUGCAGGAAAAAUAUUAUUUUCAUUGUGAAUGUGAACAUUGCACUUCACUUAAAUUCGAUGAUUUAAUGACAAAACUCUUAGCUGACACUGAUGAAGCUAAACAAAAAGCACUUGCCUGUCAAAAAGAGUUUAAAGAGAAAGAACAACGGUUUGAAAGUUUGUCGUCGAUAAACCCGCAACUUGUUUUGGAAGAAUGCAAAAAGUUACUAAAAGCACAGUCUGAAGUCCUUGCUGAUUCACACAUCUGUAAAAUUAAAACCCUGCAAAUUGCUUGGGAUACUUUCCUUCAGCUGAAUGCACCUGAAGAAUCGAUUAAAAUGGCUUCUUGCUUAGAAAAAUACUUAAAACUGUAUUAUGGAAAUGUUAAUAUUGUGUUGGGAUCUUUCUAUCUUUAUUAUGGUAUACAUUUGCAUUCAUUAGGUCAUAAGAAAGAAGGUGCUUCCAAAAUGUCUGAGUCUGACAAUAUAUUUAAAAUUAUUUUUGGAACACAACAUCCAUUCUACAAAUCAGUAGAAUUUUAUAAACAAACUUUGAAACUAUAAUACUACUUUUUCCCCCCUCAUAUGUCAUUAAUUCUGUAUUUUAGUGUACAUUAAAAUAUUUCUUCAUUUGAUGGUGGCAGAUUAACAUCUAAAUUGCAUAGUAUUUGAUAUAACUGUUAAUAAAUCACUAUAACUAAAAAAUA